AUGGCUCGCAAGUUCUUUGUCGGUGGCAACUUUAAGAUGAACGGCUCUACGUCGUCCAUCAAGGCUAUCGUCAACAGCCUCAACAGCGCUAGCCUCGACCCCAACGCCGAGGUCGUCGUCUCCCCUCCGUCCAUCUACCUGACCCUCGUCCGCGAGACGCUGGACAGGAAGAUUGGCGUGGCGGCCCAGAACGUCUUUGACAAGCCCAACGGCGCCUACACGGGCGAGAUCUCGGUCGAGCAGCUCAAGGACGUCGGCGUCGACUGGGCCAUCCUGGGCCACUCAGAGCGCCGCACCGUCCUGCGCGAGAGCGACGAGACCGUCUCCCUCAAGACCAAGUACGCCACCGAGAACGGCGUCAGCGUCAUCUGGUGUUGCGGCGAGAGCCUCGAGGAGCGCGAGGCCGGCAAGACCAUCGACGUCGUCAGCAAGCAGCUCGAUUCGCUCAAGUCGCACAUCUCGGACUGGUCCAAGAUCGUCAUCGCCUACGAGCCCAUCUGGGCCAUCGGCACCGGAAAAGUCGCCACCACCCAGCAGGCCCAGGACGUCCACAAGGCCAUCCGCCAGUGGCUCCAGGGCGUCAGCCAAAAGGUCGCCGACGAGACCCGCAUCCUCUACGGCGGUAGCGUUAGCGAGAAGAACUGCGUCGAGCUGAACAAGCAGCCCGACAUUGACGGCUUCCUCGUCGGCGGUGCUUCCCUCAAGCCUGCCUUCAUCGAAAUUGUCAACUCUAGGAAGCAGUAA